GCGAGGGGUGAAAACACACCAAGCUCUCGUUUGAGAAAUAUCAUUGAAUAUGAACAGUCGAUUCUCGUAUCUGUAAUAGCAUAUUUUAACCCAUAAUAACGUAUUUCUGCUUUGACGAAAAUGAGUCCCGGGCUGGGUCGUGAUCCUUUGCCAUCGUACAACAGCACUUCUGUCGGAAACCCCGCACUCUGUUUGUGGCAACAGCCUCAACACAUUUUAUUCCAGUUGGCAAAUUUUUGCUUCGCAUUGUCGUACUCGGCGCCGUCCUCAAAAAAGGGAAUUUUGUUCAUGCAUUCAGUGCUAAUAAUAGGUUUCAUGUUGCUAUCGGGAUGGGCUUGGCACGUGAUCUGCGCACCAGAUAUCUUCUCUUGGAAUUUCAGUUUUUUAUUACUGAAUAUCGGUCAAUUAGUAUAUAUUAUUUAUCAAAUGAGACCUAUUAGAUUUGAUCCCGAAUUGGAAGAAGCUUAUCAUACGCUCUUCUAUCCCUUCAAAGUCUCACGAAUACAAUUCAAGCGAUUAGUAUCUCCAGAAUUUGCGACGAUAAUGUCUCUUCAUGCUGGCGAGGCGUACGCGAUGCAGAAUCUAACAAGAACAGACAGAUUAGGCUUGCUACUCACUGGAAAAGUCAACGUCUUGAACGAAAUCAACGGUUUUCUACAUCCGAUACUGCCAUGUGAAUUUUUAGAUUCACCGGAAUUCGAAAGCUCUCGAGCUUCCGUCGACGAUAAAUUUAAGGUAUCCAUCAUAGCGGCGAGUUCCUGCAGAUAUUUGUAUUGGCAACGAUCAGCCUUGGAAUAUUUGCUAGUGAAAGAAACUUAUCUUGCAACUGUUUUAACUACGCUUGUGGCACGAGAUAUCGCAACGAAGCUGUAUGCAAUGAAUAAUAAGAUAAUUAAUAACAAAGGAUCACACUUGGACAUUCGUCUUCCUUCUAUUAGUGCCAGCUUAGGGAUCAACGUUAACAAAAAAUCCAAAGAACAUGCAGCCAAUGACUUGACGAAGAAGGGCGUACCGAGCAUGGAACCUCUUCCGGAGCUGCCGUCCUGCGAUGACUUAGCUUCCAGCGGUGUGGAGAGCUGGCUUGACUCCUCCAGCAAAUAUCACAGCUGCGAAAUCGUUGACGAAGAAUAGCAUUACGCCAACUACUCGAAUCACGAGAAUUUAAUGAUGGAUAACGCCGAUGACUUCGAACACGAUAUACAGGCCUUUGAUUACAAAAACGCGGAGAGCUGGCCGUCAUCAUAUGAUGACUAGCAAUAAAAAAAAAUAGCACACAUCCUUUAGCUUCCGUUUAAUGUACAUACUUGUGGAUUUUAAUUUGUUAAAAUGAAGUUACAGAUUUUUAAUGUUAAAUUAUUCCAUAAUUAACUAACUUUUGAAUUUCGUUAAAGCUAGAACCAUUAUAAAACUCAAAGGAUUACAUUCCUUUACUGAUCGCAAUAUUAUAAUCAUGAUGUUGUAUAUACACUGUAGAUUUGUUGCCUAGCAACGAAAUUCGCAACGAAUUCGCACUUUUCGAAAAGCAGCUACAUAAUGUAAAUUUAAUACUAUGUACAUAUCUGUAAAUAUCAUACGACGCUUUCGAAGAAUGAAAAUUCUAGUCCAUGAAACAGGAAACAGUGCUUACGAAAGUAUUCUAAGAAUUUGGAAAAAAAACAAGCGUUAAAUAAAUCCAAUGUUAUAAGUAAAUACAUUAUAAAA